AUAUUCACUUUUUUCGUUUUAGAACUACUGACAAGUGUGAUGAUUAUUUAUAUGUCUGCUGUGAACCUGAUAAUCCAGUUAAUAAUAAUGGACAACAAAACCGAACAUGUGGACAGAGAAACCCAGAGGGAGUAGGGUUCCGUAUCACUGGUGACGAUGACCACGCGCAAUAUGGUGAAUUUCCGUGGAUGACAGCAUUACUCGGUAGAGCGUCAACUGAAGAAAAACUUAAUGAACCGUGGAGCUAUAAAUGUGGAGCUUCUCUUAUUCACCCCCAAGUUGUAUUAACUGCCGCCCAUUGUAUUUCUGAUACUAAAUUGUAUAAAAUACGUGCCGGUGAAUGGGAUGCUCAAACCGAAAAUGAAAUCUAUCCACAUCAAGAAAGAAACGUGAAAACUAUCAUACUUCAUCCAGAAUAUAAUAAAAAACUUUUAUUUCACGACUAUGCCCUUUUAAUUUUGGAUUCUCCUGUAAAAAUAGAAGAAAACGUAGAUAUUGUGUGCUUACCAACUAAAGAUGAGAUUAUAGAUAAUUUGGUCUGUUACUCAAACGGCUGGGGAAAAGACAAUUAUGGAAGAGAAAGUACACGCAAAGACGAAGCACUUUUAAGAAAAGUUCACGUACCAAUUGUUGACACGGAUUCUUGUCAAGCAAGUCUUAGAACUACUCGGUUAGGAACCCAUUUCAACCUUCACGAAUCAUUUAUUUGUGCUGGAUGUCUGCCGGAUCAAGAUACAUGUAGAGAAGAUGGUGGUAGCCCUCUAGUUUGUCCAAUACGUGGGAAACAAAAUACGUAUUUUCAAGUCGGAGUGGUAUCUUGGGGUAUUGAUUGUGGAGGACUGCCACGACCACGAGUGUAUGCUAAUGUGGCAAAGGUCGUCGAUUGGAUUGAUAAAACGAUGACCAAUAAUGGUUUUGAAACUUCCACAUACAAGUAUUGAUUUCGCAAGCAAUUUUUAAGGAUCACAUGAACGCGCAACUUACUUGGGAAUUUUAUGAAAAAAAUUUCACAAACGCAGUUUUUCAUUUCAUUUUUUUAUAAUGGAUAUAUUUACUAUCUUUUCUUUAUCAAUUGAAAGUGUAAGUUAUUUUGUAAUUUUAUGAAUAAAACUUUUUUUCGUUACAUAAUA